AUGUCUGCCUUUGUUACUAAAGCUGAAGAGAUGAUCAAAUCUCAUCCAUAUUUCCAGUUAUCCGCCAGCUGGUGCCCCGACUGCGUCUAUGCUAAUUCCAUUUGGAAUAAGUUGAAUGUACAGGACAAAGUUUUCGUUUUUGAUAUUGGUUCACUUCCAAGAAACGAACAGGAAAAAUGGAGAAUUGCGUUCCAAAAAGUUGUUGGUAGCAGAAACUUACCAACGAUAGUUGUCAAUGGUAAAUUCUGGGGUACUGAGAGUCAAUUGCAUAGAUUUGAAGCAAAAGGCACUCUUGAGGAGGAAUUGACUAAAAUCGGGCUUCUGCCUUGA